CGGCGUCAUCCCUGGCACACGGCCUCGGCCCCGGGGAGGCGGCGGGGCAGUGCCGGUGCCCCCGCAGGCAUCUGGAAGGUUCCGGCUCGCCCGCCCCCCGCCGCCCCGACUCUCUUGCUCUAUAAAUGCGGGCGCCGGUGGCCGACGCGCUCAGAGGGGGGCACCGGGGCCAUGCUGGGGGUCUGGCUGCUGCUUUGGGGUUCCGUGGCCCUGGGCGGCCGGGCGGACACCGCCUUCCUCCGCCGCGCCCAUGACAGCUCCGGGCGCUGCACCUACUCCUUCACGGUGGCCAGCCCCGUGGAGGCCGCCUGCCCCGAGGCUGCCGGCGGCGUGCCCGAGCUGCGCGCCGAGCUGGCCGCCCUCGCCGCCCGCCUGAGUCGGCUGGAGAGCCGGGAGCGAGGAGCGGGGAGCUCGGGGCCGCGCGGAGCCGAGCCGGGGGGCGCACGGGACCCCCAGCAAGCCUCCCGCCUGGAGGCUGCGUACGGCGAGCUGCUGCGGGCCAAGUCCCGGCUGGAGGAGGAGAAGGGGCGGCUGGAGCGGGAGAAAGAGGAGCUGGGCAAGCGGCUGGAGAGCAGCGCCCAGGAGAUCACCCGGCUGCGGGCCGCCCGCUGUCCCCCCGGCAGAGAGGGGCCCGGCCGGGACACGCUGCGUGCCCCCGCCAAGGCGCCGCGCUGGGAGCCGCAGCCCCUGAGCUACCAGGAGCUGCAGUCGGAGAGGAGCGAGGUUCCCGUGUCCCGGCUGCUGGAGGAGACGGCGCUCGCCCGCCCGGGCAAGGAGGACUCAGGCUGCGGCCAGCUGCUGUGGGUGGGGGAGCCCGUGGUGUUCGGCCGGGCGGACUCCAUCGCGGGCAAGUACGGCGUGUGGAUGAAGGACCCCGAGCCCGUGCCGCCCUUCACCCGCGACAACACGUGGCGUGUGGACACCGUGGGCACCGAGGUGCGCCAGCUCUUCCAGUACGAGGAGGCCGAGCAGCUGGCCCGGGGCUACCCCGCCAAGGUGCACAUCCUGCCGCGGCCCCUGGAGAGCACGGGGGCCGUCAUCUACCGCGGCGGGCUCUUCUUCCAGCCCCGCCAGUCCCGCUCCGUGGCCCGCUACGACCUGCGGGGCGAGAGCAUCACGGCCGAGAGGGAGAUCCCCGGCGCCGGCUACCACGGGCAGUACCCCUACUCCUGGGGGGGCUACACCGACAUCGACCUGGCGGUGGAUGAGACGGGGCUCUGGGUCAUCUACAGCACCGACAAGGCCCGGGGAGCCAUCGUCCUCUCCAAGCUGGACCCCGAGACGCUGGAGAUCCGUCGGACCUGGGAGACCAACAUCCGCAAGCGGGGGGUGGCCAACUCCUUCCUCAUCUGCGGCACCCUCUACACCGUCAGCAGCUACUCUGCGCCCAACGCCACCGUCAACUUCGCCUACGACACCGCCACGGGCACCAGCCGUGCCCUCAGCAUCCCCUUCGAGAACCGCUUCCGCUACCUCAGCAUGCUGGACUACAACCCUGCCGAGCGGCAGCUCUUCGCCUGGGACAGCUUCAACAUGGUCACCUACCCCGUCCGCCUGUCCCGGCCGUGAGCCCGGGCUGG